CUAUGCCGAAUUUUCCUAAUUCCUCCAAAUUCUAGGCACAUACUGCAUGUAUGUAUGUACUACCUGUAUACUACCUCAAGUACCGUGGACAGUAUGUUAGGUCAGGUAGAGUUAACUGCCAACUACAUAUACUAACUGCUGACUGUGACUGCUGACUGCGUCCAUACAUGUAAAACUAGGUAAUAUACCUUACCUACUACCUACCUGGCUAGCAAGCGAGCGGUCAGACUAUCUGCCAUCCCAAUUAUGUCUCAGUCACGCGCGGAUGUUGCUUUACCUUGCCGUGCAAACUUAUUACCCACCAGGACAUAAGGGAGAUGGAACGUCUCUCGAUAGCGCAUUGGAAUGCUGCGCCAGACAACAAGGGUAUACACUGGGGGGGUGGUGUGGAUGUGUUGCGGCGUAGAAAUCCAAUACCGCAGAAUGCUAGUUAGGUAACUCACAUCUUGGCUUUCGUCUCUUAAUAUCCAAUCUUAAACGGCCAAUAUACAUGAUAGCUACCAUAUAUAUGGCCGCCCUGUCGCCUGCAUGGCCUGCAUCCAAAAAUGGCGUCGUCGUCUCACACGUUUUUAUAUUCCCGACCUAAGUCUCUCAUUAAUAUUACCGCCUUAGACGGCCCCGAGGCUUCACGGCGCUGCUGCAAUGGCUUCCCUUAAGACCACUUUCCUUGUGUUAUGCCAGCUCUUUUAUCUUGCAAUUGCCGUUAGUCCAGUCGUCGACUUGGGUUGCACCAAGUAUGUCGGCGUGGCCAAGUACGAUGGCAUCUCCCAAUGGCUAGGCAUGCGGUUUGCCUCACCCCCUGUCGGCAACUUGAGAUUCAGACCCCCGAUAGAUCCUCCGUGCAACUUCACCACCCAAGCAGCAAGCCAGCACGGAGCAGCCUGUAUAGCAACUGGCGCCUCUCUCAGCAGUACUACGUCAGAGGAUUGUCUGUAUAUUGAUGUGUUUGCGCCUAGCGACGCAACCCCGGAGUCCAAGCUCCCCGUCUACUUCUUCAUCCAGGGUGGCGGCUUCAAUGCUCUCUCUAAUCUCGGCUUCGAUGGAUCUGGUCUGAUCAGGGCAAGUGGGAAUAACAUGAUUGUGGUCACGUUCAACUACCGUGUAGGAGUUUAUGGAUUCAUGACCAACGGCCCCUGGGUCUCACCGAAUAACGGGCUUCACGAUCAACGAAAAGCGAUGGAGUGGGUAAAGCGGCACAUCUCCAAGUUUGGAGGUGAUCCGAACCAUGUUGUCCUGGGUGGCGACUCGGCAGGUGCUGCUAGCAUCAGUCUUCACAUGGUGGCGUAUGGAGGCAGGGAGACCAAUCUCUUCCACGCCGCUGCCGCCGAAUCCGUAUCAUUCGGCCCAGUCUUGACUGUGGAGCAGAGCCAAUACCAAUACGACAGUUUCUCAUCUCGCCUUAAUUGCUCAGGGCCCGGCCUCUUGUCUCUGUCAUGUUUACGAUCCAAAACCACCGCGCAGCUGCAAGCCGCGAACGUGGCGAUACCUUAUCCGGGCGAGAGCGCGGCGCCGCUGUACAUGUGGAACCCGGUCAUCGACGGCGACCUCAUCCGAGACCACACGUACACUGCGUACGCCGAGGGCAGAUUCGUUAAGAUCCCCUUACUCGUCGGCGCCGACACCAACGACGGAACCAUCUUCACCCCGCGGAACACGUCGACACUGGUCGAGAGCGAGAACUUCAUCCGCAGCCAGUUUUCGGAAAUCACAGAGCAGCAACUGCAGACAAUCAGCGAGCUGUACCCGAACCCGAACGACACCUGCCCCAGCGCCGGCUGCUACUGGCGGCAGGUCAGCAACGCCUACGGCGACAUGCGGUACAUGUGUCCCGUGCUGUACAUCUCGUCGGCCGCGGCGCCCCACCGCGACACCUUCACCUACCGAUACAACGUCGAGGACCCACGGCAAAUCGCCGACGGCCUCGGCGUGCCGCACACGAUCGAGCUGAACGCGAUAUGGGGCGCGGGUUACACGAACGGCAGCCCGCCCUCGAGCUACGCCGCCAACGGCACCAACGCGCUGGUCACCCCCGUCGUCCAGGCGUACUGGACCAGCUUCAUCCGCACGUUCGACCCCAACACGCACCGGCACCCCGGCGCGGCGCAGUGGGAGACAUGGGAUGCCGAGAAGCAGAACAGGCUGCUGUUCUCGACGGGCGGGGUCACCGAGAUGGAGGCGGUUGAUCAGGACACGAGGACGAGGUGCGAGUAUCUCGGUAGCAUUGGUGUGGCUAUACUGCAGCGAUAACAUAUACAUAUUAUAUCACACAUAUAAAGUAUACAUAAUAUAUAGGUACCUACCUACCUAUCUAGGUCACGCAUGUUUUAUUUUUCUCGUGCUUUCUCAGCGCCCUCCUUCGUGGGUUCGUACAGGCUUUUAGGGUAGAUUUGUUUAUGUACUAUAUUACUUGGAAUCAUGAACUUUUGUCAUAGAUGGCGUUGAUACCCAUUUGACCCUUACUUAGGGGGCAUGGCUGGCUGGAAUAUAGGUACCUAAUUGGGAUGGGGUUUAUAGCAUUUGUCGGGGCGAUAAUAAGAGAGCAUACAAACUAUUUACUGCCAUGUCGACGAC